UAGGUCUAUUUUUUUGGCGCAAAGCGGAAACCGUCAUUGUUUAGUUUUAGAAAAUAAAGUUUAGCGCGACGGCGGAGCGUUUUCACAGGUUUUUGUCUUUAAACCCAAUGAUAAAACAAAUAUUUGUCCUAUUUUUUACUUGAAUCUACCCAUCUACGCAGCGGAAAACGGAGCUAUUUUCUUUAAAUGCGAAGAAUGCGUGAGUGUUUGCUAAUAUUAGCAAACGCAGCUAGUUUAGCAGACUGACGUUAUUUACUUAAAGUCCGGUUUCGUUUAACGGCUUGUUUCUGGGCAAAGCUCGGGUUUAAAUGGAUGAACACAAGGAGAACUUUCAUGGAAAAGACAUGAACGUGAAGAUGUCUGACUCAAAAGAAGACGAACAGGCUAAGCCGUGCAGCAGAAUAUGUCCCGAGGACAACACAGCCCCUCAGACGUCCCUGUCUCAGUCAAACAAAGACUUCAGUCAUCCGGUUUACAAAGAGAUCGCUCUGGCCAAUGGACACAUCAACCGCAUGUCCAAGGAGGAGCUGAGGAUCAAAUUAUCGGAGCUGAAACUUGACACGAGAGGAGUGAAGGAUGUGAUGAAGAAGAGGCUGAAGAAUCACUACAAGAAGCAGAAGCUGAUGCAGUCUGCAGAAGAGGGGGGGCCCACUGACACCUACUACGAUUACAUCUGUGUGGUUGACUUUGAGGCGACGUGUGAGGAGGACAAUCCCCCAGACUUCCUUCAUGAGAUCAUCGAGUUCCCCAUGGUCCUCAUCAACACGCACACAUUACAGAUUGUGGACACCUUUCAGGAAUACGUGAAGCCAGAGCUGAACCCACAGCUUUCUGACUUCUGUGUGAAACUAACAGGAAUCUCACAGGAAAUGGUGGAUAGAGCAGAUCCCUUUCCAGAAGUCCUCCGGCGAGUCGUGGCCUGGCUGCAGAAGAGGGAGCUUGGAACAAAAGCCAAAUACGCCUUUCUGACCGACGGAGCGUGGGACAUGAGCAAGUUCCUCAACAUCCAGUGUCAGAUCAGCCGGAUCAAAUAUCCACCGUUUGCAAAGAAGUGGAUAAACGUCAGGAAAUCGUAUUGCAACUUUUACAAGGUUCCUCGAACGCAGACGAAGCUGAGCACCAUGCUGGAGAACCUCGGGAUGAAGUACGACGGCCGUCCUCACUGUGGCCUGGAUGACUCGUGCAACAUUGCCAGGAUCGCUAUACGCAUGCUGCAGGACGGAUGUCAGCUGCGCGUCAAUGAGCGCAUGCACGGCGGCCAGCUACACUCCAUUCCCAGCUCAGCGCCGGUGGAAGGAGCUCCGCCCCCACGGACCCCCAGCAGCAGAGACUAGAGCCAGGAAAGCUGAUCCUCCCUCCCGCUACAGAGGAAACCCGAGCUCAGAGCCGUAAGUGAGGGCUGUGUUAAGGAUUCAGAUUCUAUAAAGUUUUGAUUUCAUUUCUGGAGGUUUCGCUCUGACUUGUGUUAAUAUCUGAUGAGACUUUAGUGUCCUGGAGGAAACCCCCGCAGCCGUUGUUGAAAUCCUGCCUGGUUGAAGUGCAGCUGUUCUACAAAUAAAUGUCUCUCUCUUCCCCGCUAAA